AGCUUCGCAUCGCAGAGCUGCGUGUUGGCGCCGACGCCGUUGGAGGCAGCGCCAGGAGAGAACAUCCUCUUUUUCGUUUCUCCCUCAGCGUUGCGGAAGACAGCGCACAAUCUCCUUCCGCUUUCUCUGGUAAUGCAUCGACCCUCACGGAACCGUGUGCAGUAGCUUUCUUUGUUUUUGUUUUUUCCGUUUCUACCGACGUUUGUUUCCUUCCAAGUCUCUCUGCACGCAUCCACACACACACACACACACACACACACAAACGUGCUGCAUUAUGCUGCAAUGGGACUGGCCGCAGACGUGGAGCUUCGACGACCGCGAGGCCAUCCGCGUCUCCCUCGAAACCGCCAUCCGUGCCGCUAUGGCCAAAGGAGAAAGCAAACUGGUGCGUGGCGUGGUGCACGUAGAGCUGCCAGAGAUCGGCCCCACCCCUCCGCAGGUGAUGCUGAGUGGUAUUCGCGAGCUGUCGCUGGAGCAUACCGCCGUCAUGGUGAAGGUGCGCUACGACGGUGAGUUUGCGCUGAAGUUGCAGGGGCUGCAGGUGAACGUGGACACCGUCGGAUCCAAUUCCACGUCGAGCAACGACCCCACCCUGUCGAUGCCCUUUUACUGCCCGCUGGAGAUGACGCUGAGCGACAUCCACAUCGACGGCGUCGCCUCGAUUGAGAUCUUCCAAGAGGUGGCGGACGUCAGCAGCAGCGGUGGUGGAAACGCCGAUGGCAUGUCGGAGUCGUGGAACGGCGCCACGCCAACCCCGCGCUCCUCCCACACGACGUCGCCGCCGUCGAUGCAUCGAGUCCCACGCAGCAACGCGACGCCACACCUGUCGCGAACACCGUCGAUGACGACGCGCAGUUCCCGCGCCGGCGGCUUCCCCGGCUCUGGCUACGGCGUGCUCUUAGGAGCCGGCGGACGUCGUGCAAUGCGACCACCUGAAAUGCUGCAGGGCAGCCCCCAGCCGGCCGCGCCGUCCCUCGCGUCCCUCGCGGCGCCGCGUCGCGCUUCGCUGGCGACAUCCGACGCCACCGCGAACGAUGCUGCGUGGGCUCGUGCCGCCCCCCUCUCGAGCUCCGCCCCGCCUCGGCACUCCCUUAUCGACUUGGCGACAAAGCGCGCUGUGGUGAAGAAGCGGCGGGUGAAGGUGCAACUGUUUGGUGAUCCCAUCAAAGGCUACAAGGUGGAGUCGAACCUGGUGGCGGUUCCGGGGGCGGGUAAGAAGGUGGAGGAGCACAUUCAAGACAUGCUGAAGCCCAUCAUUGAGCGGCUUAUGACCGACGGCAUCAACGUGGAGCUCAAGACGUAA